AUGCUGCGCUCCUUGGGCCGCCGCAGCCUGAUCGCGCCGCUCCGCAGCUUUUCCAGUGUGCGGCAGCCGUCCUACGAUGCCGUCAUCAUCGGCGCCGGCGUGAUUGGCACCUCCAUUGCGACCGAGCUCUCGCGGCACGGGUGGCGGACGCUCAACGUUGACAAGCUCAGCGGCGUGGGGCUGGGGUCAACGUCCUACUCGUCGGGAAUCCUGCGGAUGACGUACUCCGUCCUGGACAGCGUCAAGUUCGCGUGGGAGGGCUACCACUACUGGCAGUCGUGGGAAGACCACAUUGGCGUCGAGGACGAGAAGGGACUCGCGCAGCUCCGGAGCUGCGGCCAGGUCAUCAUCCGCUCGGCGGAGUCGGAGGCCUUCAUCACCAAGACGCUCGCGUGCUUCGACAAGCUCGGCCUCCCGUACGAGAUGUGGGACAACGCCGAGCUGCAGCGCCGCCUCGGCUUUGACCUCACUUCCUACGCGCCGCCGCGCCGCAUCGACGAUGACUCGUUCGGCGAGCCCAACGGGCGCGAGGUGGACGGCGCCGUCUACUUCCCGACCGCCGGGUACAUCUCGGACCCUCAGUUGGCCUGCCACAACCUGCAGACCGCCGCGCUCGCCACGGGCCGCGCAGAGUUCGCCUUUGGCCAAAGCGUCGUCGAGGUGACGCGCGAGGCUGGCCGCGCGAGCGGCGUGCGGCUCGCCGACGGGACGGUGAUCAGUGCGGGCGUCGUGGUGAACGCGGCGGGGCCCCACUCGUCCGCUAUCAACGCGCUGGCCUUCCCUGACCCGGCCGAGAACGACAUGCGCAUCGCGACCCGCCCGAUGCGUCAGGAGGUGUCAUACGUUCCAUCGCCGCCCGAGAUUGACUGGUCGGACGGCGGCGCGGGCAUGGUGGUGACCGACCCGGAUACCGGGGUGUACUGGAGGCCCGAGGUGGGUGGCAAGAUUCUGUGCGGCACUGUCGAGCCGCCGUGCGACGCGAGCUUCCACCGCUACCCGGAGGACCCGGAGUCGGUCUACCCUGGCGGCGCCGAGAGCAGCCUCACCGAGCAGUGGACGAAUCAGGUGUACCGCGCCGCGCUGCGGAUGCCGACGCUGCCGCUGCCCGACUCGGCGAACACGCAGGGCGUCGUGGCCUGCUACGACGUCUCCGACGACUGGACGCCCAUCUACGACGGCUCAGCCCUGCCGGGCUACUACAUGGCGAUUGGCACGAGCGGCAACCAGUUCAAGAAUUGCGGCGUCGCCGGCCGGCUGAUGCGCGAGCUCAUCACUGCGCGAGAGGCACGCCGCGCCGCCUUCGCCGCACAUCUCGCCCUGGAGCGGGUGCCGGGGUGCGGCACCAUCGACACCGCCGCCUUUUCGCGCCUGCGCACGUCGCACAGCUCGGCCAACAAUGUGAUGGGCUGA